UUUUGACUAAACUUCACGUCUGCCAAAUAGAUAUCUAAAGUUGCUAUGAUAUUAUCAUUCAACCCAAAAUUCCCAACGCUUAACUUCAAGCCCACAAGGGGGAUCUACGUCUUGGUACAUAAAAGACAUUUUUUCCUUCUUUAUCUCUAUGAAAAUAUAAGAUUGCUUCAAAAUAAAUUAAGCAUACGCAAUACUUAAAAGUACAUAAUUUUGCAAAAUGAGGUGCCCCCAUAACACUUACAGGGAGGUAGUCUGCGUGGGGAGUUUGUAGAUGCAACACCGUUCCGUGAUGCAGUAAAGAAAACAAACGGAGAAGAGGAUAGCAAAUCCAGUUUACUUGUUGAUGAUCUUGGUUCCAUGCUGAAGCAAAAAGGAUUCAAUCACUAUGGGACAGAGACUUUAUACAGUGGUUAUUUAGGAGUAGAGCUCAAGUGUGAGAUAUUUAUGGGGCCUGUUUACUACCAAAGGCUGCGUCACAUGGUCUCAGACAAGUUCCAGGUUAGAUCCACAGGAAUGGUUGAUCAGGUAACUCGUCAGCCAAUCAAAGGAAGGAGACGAGGUGGAGGGAUUCGAUUUGGUGAAAUGGAAAGAGACUCAUUGCUUGCUCAUGGAGCUUCCUAUCUAUUACACGACAGGCUCCACACCUCUUCGGAUCACCACAUUGCGGAUGUGUGUUCCCUGUGUGGAAGCUUGCUGACUUCUUCGGUUUUGAACGUUCAACAGAAGAAGCUGAUUCGAGAGAUUGGAAAUUUACCACCUGGUAGGACACCAAAGAAGGUAACUUGCGAUUCUUGCAAGACAAGCAAAGGGAUGGAGACUGUCGCAAUGCCGUACGUGUUCAGGUACUUGGCUGCAGAAUUGGCGUCAAUGAAUAUUAAGCUGACUCUUCAGUUAAGCAACAGUGGUGAAGGAAGCGACAGUGAAGGAGUCUAGUUCAUGGGGGCAUAUGUUGUACGGAUAUUGUCUUAAAAUUUUGAUGGAUUAGCACAAUAUAUGCUUCUUCUACAACAACUUUAUUACUCUUGUUCCUUUUCUGGUGUUAAAAUGAUUUGUCUUAGAGAUUUAUAAACCAAUGGAUUUGAUUAUUCAAUACCAUUAAUCUGUA